CUCGAAAGAGGGGAAAGCAAACAAUUUUCAGGCCCGCCGCGUCUAGCAAAAAAUAUGAGAAAAAAAUUAUUAAAAAUUCGGAAAAUAGUUGAAAGUGAAGAAAACCCCAACAGAAAGAAUGUUAAAGCGACCAGGGCCCCUGGGUCCGGCAAGUGUUGAGCACAUAAAACUGGAUAGAAUAACUGCAUCAGCACCAUUUGGGCACUGCACCCCUGUCCAUGUAGCUGGUCAGCCUUAGAGUGCCAUGGCCACGGGAACCCAGGGCCACCGUGACCACAUCCUGGAGAAAGCCAAGAUUGCCCCACCCACAGGGAGGCGCAGAAGAGCAGAGGGGAAGCCGAAAAAGAAUUUCCCUUGCCAGGAGUGUCAGAAAACUUUCAACAGUCUGGAGAAGUUGAAGGUGCACUCGUACUCUCACACAGGAGAAAGACCCUACUGCUGCUCACAUCCCGACUGCACCAAGGCUUUUGUCUCCAAAUACAAGCUGCUACGGCAUAUGGCAACUCACUCACCAGAAAAAAUCCACAAGUGUUCAUACUGUGAGAAAAUGUUCCACCGCAAGGAUCACUUAAAGAAUCACCUACACACUCAUGACCCAUACAAGGAGGCAUUCACCUGUCAGGAGUGUGGCAAGAGCUACAACACCAAGCUUGGCUUCAAACGCCACCUUGCCCUCCACGCUGCCAACAGUGGAGACCUCACCUGCCAAGUGUGCCUGCAGCCAUUCCCCAGCACUGGGGUUCUUCUGGAACACCUCAAAACACAUGCUGGCAAGUCCUCUGGCGGAACCAAAGAGAAAAAGCAUCGCUGCGAGCAUUGUGAGCGGCGAUUUUACACCCGUAAAGAUGUGCGACGACAUAUGGUGGUUCAUACCGGACGGAAGGACUUCCUUUGUCAGUACUGUGCCCAGCGCUUUGGUAGGAAGGACCACCUGACACGUCACAUGAAAAAGAGCCAUGCUCGGGAGCUGCUGAGGGUAAAAACUGAGCCAGCUGAUUUGCUGGAGCCCGUUGUCUACAACUUAGCGCCUGGGGGCAUCAAGGGCGAGCUCCCGGCAAUGUUGACACCAAGGCUGCAUCAGCUCAACAUGUGCACAGGGCCUGUCCUGGACACAGAGCCUUUUCCAACUCCCACAAAUCCCUUUUCUUUUAAGUACCCACUGGGCUCCAACUUUACCUCAUACACCAUCUCCUCACAGGAGCGAGAGCAGAAUCUAAAGGGAGAACUGGAGACCUACCUGAUGGAGCUACAGAGCAGCAUGCCCUCCUCAUCCUCUGCAGCCCAAGAACCACAACUCUCCUCCUCAAAACUUGAGUUGGAGCCUCAAGUGGGCUUGGUGGAGGAAGCAAGCGAGGGGGUGUCCAUGUCCAAAAUGUCCUCACCGAUGGCAGCAGCCACCACAGGUGACUCUUUGGCCUCUUCCUCCUCUCUGAUGGACUUCUCACAGCUUUUCAAUUUCCUGCCACUCAAUGGGCCCCCGUACAACCACGCAGGGGGCAGCGGGGUAGAGGGUGUCACCUAUCCACCGAGUGAAGAGCCCACAACUCUCGUCCACCUGCCUUCCCAGCCUCCCGAAGGCCCAGAGGCCUCAGAGAGUCCACUUCAAAGGCUCCCCUCCUCCUUCAUAUCCAACCCAUCAACCACACUGCCCCGCUUCCACCAAGCUUUUCAGUGAUCCAGUUAACCAUGGCAAUAUCAUCCACUAGCAUCACCAUUCACACCACUCCAACAUUACCACAGAUAUAUGCUGGAGUGAAGCACAAGACAUCUGGAAUUUUCAGGUGACCUUGGCCAUUAGAACCAUGGACUCUUGGAUUUGAAUAUUGAACUGUGUACACAUUAUACACAUUCAAUAAUGUGUUGGAACAAGCAGAUGCAGAAUACAUCUGCGGUAAUAAUUGGGUCAAAUGAGUGGGUGUAUUAAGUUGAAAAAUGAGGUUCAAGAAAUUUUUGCCAACAAAAUGCUAACAUAAUCCUAGUAAACUAUAGAUAGCACUGAUGCAUUGCUUUGCAUGUCAUUAGUAACUGCCGUUACCUCCCAUGGUAGUUGCUAGUUGGGGUUAGCCUCAUUUGUGACCCAUUUGCACCCAGUAUGUUACUCUGUGGUCUGGUCACAUAGCAUUCCCUAUGCAAACCUUAGGGGAAAAGCCAAAACAUUUAUCUUAUGUUUUUUAACCCAAGGCAAAAUGUUCUCAUUCUGGGCCAGUUGUAAAUAUAUGUGAGACCACAAAAAUACAUUUAAAGGUUUGUGUAGCAAGCUCCAAAUCCUGAUGUAACAUACAAGAUACUAAGGUCCCAAAACAGGCCGUCUUGGGGUUGGUUGUCAGUCUGAUACCAUUUACUGUGUUUUACAGUUGUUGCUAGUUCUGGGUUUAUGACUGUAGUCUUAUUUUUCAUACAGUUAACGGAGUAAAAUCACUAGCCAGGAAAGUAGGGCUGGGUAUAAACCAAAACGUUUGCGCUGCACUGCCAUACUGAAAUCUGUACUGAAAGCUGACAUCAAAUGUGUAGUCAGAUCCAUAAUCUUCUUUACUUCUCUUUGGUCCAGUAGUUCCUGAUUUCAGUCCAAACUUUGAUGAAAAAAAUGAGGGCAAAUGCACACCUACUGGAAACACUGGCUUGCAGGCAUACAUUAAAAAAAGAAAUGGGAAGUUUGUACACUCAUAACUCAAUUUGGCAAACUGCCUUCUGUAGCCAAUUUUACUUUUACAAAGUUCUUCUUUGGCUGCUUAUGUCGGAACAACUUUUGGCAUUUAAAAUGUAUCAUGUGUCCAAAAUUCCAUAUUUAGGUCACAAGAUGGCACAUGAACAUGGCACUGUUUAAAGGGCAGCACAAAAUCUAGUAAGUGGACCUUUAGUUAAUAUUAUUUUGUCAAACUGCUGUACCCAAGAUCAAGAAUGAACUUUCAUGCUCAACAUUUGAGUACUGUCAUUUAUGCUGUAAUAUAAAAAAAGACAAACAUGGUUUAUAUUUAGUUUUGGUAUUAUAAUAAAAUCUCCGGUAUCAUACUGGCACAUAUCAAAAAAUGUCAAUUAAUACCCAGCCCUACAACAACAGAACUGAAGGAUGAAAAGUCACAUUUUAUUAUUUCAUAAAAUAAAAAUAACAUAUUUAAUAUGUAGAACAGAUAUAAGAACAGAUAUAAUUUUGGACAAAUGUCCUUUUUAUACUUUCACAAGACAUUGGACUGCACACUAUGGAAAAAAUGUGAACUUUACAGCCUGUACCCUCACCUUUUCACCUCCUACCACAGCAAGUAACAGAUGGAGCAUCUUAGUUCCAUGAAAUGCUUGAUGCAUCUACAACCCAAUAGUGUUUUGAUUAUACCUCAAACACUCAUCUUGUUGUUGUGCUCUGAAAUUCAAACAUGAUGAUGAAAUAGAAGUGUUAAGUUCCCCUUUUACCCUCCUGAAUGACAGGACAUGAAUGGAGACAAUAUUUUUCUAGGUUAUGUGAAAGGUAGAGUUGAAUGUGUCAAAACAUUUAUUGAAGUUUCCUGUUUGUAUCUUGUGAAGGUUUGUGGUUUUACAAAACCGUUGUUUUUUUUUGUAAUCAUAGCACUUUUUGUAAACUGAAUGCCUUUAUUUCAUCCAAUACCUUUUGUUUAAAACCUUCAUUACAAAUGUAUAGAUGAUAUAUUUAGCUCUUUUAGAGAACAAUAAUAUUUAAAUACAAUAUAAAAUGUUUUAUUUUUACAGGUACAAUUCUGACAGUGUUUUUCCUAUCAAAGUGUCAUUUUUGCUUUACUUGCACAAGUGUUCUGUGUAUCUCAUUGAGGGGUCUUUUAAAAAACAAUGCAUGUUAAUCACAUAUAUUUGUUGGCCGAAUUUCUCAGAAGGCCUUCUUUGACUAUUCUAGGUCUGAGAGCACAGACAAUAAUAAAGCUUAAAUGGACAAUUAUAUAGCACUUAUAUCAUUUUUUUGUGGGUUGUUUAAUUAGAUGUUAAAAAGACAAACAAGCUAUACUGUAUGUUCAAUAACUCCAAGGGUGAUUUUGUCUUCUUCUAUCAUCCUUUGACCUCAGUGUGACAAUAUGGAAGAAUAUUACUUGAUUUCUUAGUGGUUUCUGCCUGAAAGCUGGUUGAUGAACAUACAUUUUUCAAUCAGUUGAUUGCAGUUUCAACUUCAUGUAUAAUUUCAAUGAACUGUAUGACAGAAUCUGAGGAUUUCAUGUGGGGUGAAUACAAGCAAUUAACUGUGCAUGGAUCAAAGUUGACCAAAAAUAAUUUCUAUCCAUUGGAGAAAGUAGAUGCAGAUUUGGGGUGUGGUAUCAGAUCAAGUUCAAAAUUCUAAAGCUAAUUUAACUGCCCAAGAAAAAACAGAAUGUCUCCCAAAUCCAUUUGGUGAGUGGGAGACAGGAGAUGCUCUUCAGUGAGAAGCACAGACCUUUAGCAAUUCAUGUCAAACUUCUUUAUAAGCUUCAGUGGUACCAGUGAACUUUCUUGAAUGUGUAUGUAAGAAACACUGCAAUAUAUUUUUGGUAUUGGUUCAAGCUGCUAACGUACUUCUAAAGCUCCUUAAGGUGCUACAGACCUCUUCUCUAGUUCUUAAAUGUAUCAUUUGUACAAAGUAUCCAGUUCAGCUGAAAAGCUGGCAUGUGUACCUGGUUGGACUUUAUAGCUACAUAUAUUUGUAUUGUACUGUGACUUUUGACCCCCCCACCCACACCUUCCCCAAUCUGGGGAAUUGAAACAUAUUGGGAGAUUGUUCUGGAUGAUAUCACUCAGCAGAGAUGAAGACAUUGAUGAUGAUGUUAAAAAACAAGUCUAUGUGACUCUAUUCAAAAUGUGCUGAGGUAAAUCUGAAACAAACUGCAUUCCAGCCAUGUUGGUUUUGUUAUUGCAACAAUGCCAUCCUGUGACAAUGAUGCUAAUUUCAAUGUUUCACUUUAAAUCUAUUUUACAUACUACUGUUGUUUUUGUUAUUUUUAUACAUAUAGGCAAAGUAAUUCUCUCUCUCUCUCUCUCUCUCUCUCUCUCUCUCUCUCUCUC